AGAACAAAUGCUAUAUUCAUCUCUUAGUCUGUGUUCCAGCUUGCAGCCUGUAAAACUCCCUCUAGGAACUUCCCUGGGUACUUUUUCCCCACUGCUUGAGCCACUGAAUGUCAUUCAUGCCACGGAGCGAAAACGGGCGAAGUGGUGGCUGGUCCGUUCACCCGACAAUGUGGAGAAUAUGCAGUAUUUUUUGCGCAUGGGGUGUCCUGUCUUUGACAGAGGUCUGCGCGCAGUCUCUAUUGGGGUCACAACGGAGGUAGGUUACCUUUUCCCUUCACUUUAAUCUAACAAUCUAUAUUUUUUGGGGCUCUGAGUUAGGCUUUUGUUCAGGAAAAACAACUGUGUAGCACUAGCCUAUUGUACAAAGGCUUAACACGAGGUGUCAAGGAUACGUUAGUCUACAGCACAAUGAUGAAGGAACCGCAUCAAUCAUCAUCAUCAUCAUCUUCAUCAUCAUCAUCACCGGGGAGUUAUUAUUUUGGAGGAAUCUGCAGUGUGCAUUGUAUACAUGAGGACGCACACAUGCGUAUUGCCGAGACACCCCCAUAAUGAACACCAACAAUUCCUUUACGCCUAGGCUUCUUCUCCUUUCAAAGAUUCCUUGAUAGCCAUUUGUAUUAGAAUUAGAAGUGUCACAAAUAUUUUUCUCAUGUUUCCAGACCAACGUUUACAUGCGGAGGCAAUAUAACGGGGGAUACUGGGGUCGUUGGGAGCCCAGGGUAUCCAGGGGUGUACCCCCCAAAUACAAAAUGUGUUUGGAGAAUCACGGUGAGACAACCAUACUUGUAGCCUACUGUAAAUACAUGAUCCAUGUUUAACAGUUAUCAGUUUAGUAUGUUCCUGAUUAGCUACUGUAGGCUAUUACUUUACCAGCGCCAUGUCAGACAGAAUGAGAAGCAAUAUCAGUGAACUAAAGAUGAUGCAAUGUUUCUGUAAUACACUUCAAUGGUAUACUAAUCCACCAAUCCUAACUGUGUAAUUGGUAGUCUGGUAUUUGGCUAGUGGCCACAGCAGCUCUCGGGCAUUUUGAGCUGCCUGCUUGGUAUUUUUAACAUGCAGUCUGGUCACAUGGCUGAAAUGAAUACAUGGUAAGUCAAGGAAAUAAUCACCAACAGCAAAGUCCUGUAAUUAAAGAAUAACUGUAAGUUUAUUACUUGUUAAUAACAUGUGUAUCCUUGGUAGAUUUAGACUUGGAGUGCUUUGACUGUUGAUUUCAGAUUGGUGAUGUUAAAAGAGGGGAAGUUUCAUAUAGGUUCAUUCAUUGCAUGUCAGAGGAAGAUUUGUUUCCUCUUAUAUUUGAGUUGUCAGAUAUGCCCCUUAUGUGAUUGUGUGGAUUGUACCGUGUACUGUAUAUGAUUGUAUGUUGUCCUCAGGUCCCUGAGGGUAAAGUGGUGGUCCUGUCCUUCCGUUUCAUUGACCUGGAGAGUGACAACCUGUGUCGCUAUGACUACGUGGAUGUUUACAGCGGCCAUGUGAGAGGCCAAAGGCUGGGCCGCUUCUGUGGGACGUUCAGGCCAGGCGCCCUGGUCUCCACCGGCAACAAGAUGCUCAUUCAGAUGGUGUCUGAUGCCAACACGGCUGGGAGCGGCUUCCUGGCGGUGUACUCGGCUGCCGAGCCACACGAGAGAGGUAAGCAGAAUAUAAUAUAGACAAAGAAUAGAAGAAUACUAUAGUAGUUUUUAAGGGUAACGUGCCUUGCUCAAGCAAUAGAUUUUCUCCUUUUGGACUUGAGAUUCUAACCGGUGACCCGCCGGUUGCAGGCCCGCCUCUCUAAUAUCUAGGCUACCUCCCGGGCCAUGAACCACUGUGUGGGUGGAAGAGGGUUGUGUCAUCUCUGAGUUGUUGUAACCCUAGGUGUAGUGUGUAGGGAACACUGUAGUCAUCUGUAUCCGGCCUCUACCCAAACAUGUUCAGCAGAGCCUUGGGUGCUGUGCCCUAGCCGUGACUCUUCUCUGACACAUCGUGCCACAUCGUAAAGACAUCAGAUAUCAGUGUGUGUGUGUGUGUGUGUGUGUGUGUGUGUGUGUGUGUGUGUGUUUAGGGCCAAAGGUCACAUUUUAACAAGCGAAUUAACAAGCCUCUUAACCGCUAGCUGCCCCAGAAAGGUCAUUUUACCAUGUCACCAGUAAUGAUGCUAAUACCCAGACGGAGAGAUCUGACAGGGGAAUUAUUUACGUCUGAGAGUAAAAGGCAGUUGUAGCUUGAUAAAUCCCUUCCAAUGGAUAGCAGGUCAUACAACAGCAAUGAGUGGAUGGAACAGUUGGACUUAUGCUUGGUAAGAUAAAGUUCAGACUUCCUACGUAGUUAAGACGAGACCUAUUGACUUAAAGCUUGCUCGAGGAGGAGGUGAAUGAAAAACAGGAACAUCUCUACACAUUUCACAGUAUGACGUCACAGCUUUUGUUUCCGGACGGAGUGCUCUAGAGACAGACAGGUCAGUGCUAAGCCGUCCCUUCCUCUUCUCACCCGGUAACGUGACGUCUCCCUGAACGAGUUUGUGGAAUUGUAAUGGUUGGUUGCCUCCCUGUAUAUCUCUAUCUCUGUACCUCUACAGAUGGGCUCCCGAGUGGCGCAGCGGUCUAAGGCACUGCAUUUCAGCGGUCUAAGGCACUGCAUCUCAGCGGUCUAAGGCACUGCAUCUCAGUGGUCUAAGGCACUGCAUCUCAGCGGCCUAAGGCACUGCAUCUCAGUGGUCUAAGGCACUGCAUCUCAGCGGUCUAAGGCACUGCAUCUCAGCGGUCUAAGGCACUGCAUCUCAGCGGUCUAAGGCACUGCAUCUCAGCGGUCUAAAGGCACUGCAUCUCAGCGGUCUAAGGCACUGCAUCUCCAGUGCUAGAGGCGUCACUACAAACCCUGGCUCAAUUCCAGGCUGUAUCACAAUCCGGCCGUGAUUGGGAGUCCCAUAGGGCGAAGCGUCGUCCGGGUUUGGCCGGUGUAGGCCGUCAUUGUAAAUAAGAAUGAGUUAAAUGAUAAAUAAAUACAGUAGCGGACAGCUGAAAUGCCUCUGGGUCAGUUUAGAUAGACUGGUGUUCUUCACACACCUGGUGCUGGAGCAGAUAGACUGUGGUUGCUCUGUCUGUCUCCCCGUUCCUGGGAGUGGUUGAAACGGAAAAGCACCCUCUCCCAUUGGUUCAAUGUCUAUUUUAGUUACUCAGACAAAUUGCACUCGCCAUCUGCCAGCCAUGAGGAUGGGAGCUCCGCUGUAGUGGAAACACUGUUAGUCACUAAACUGCAUGUUAUAGGAGAUCCAACCGUGGUUUUUAAAGAUCCACAGAUCACUUGCCAGUCCAAGCAGCUUGUGUGGUUCGCUGACGGGAUCUCUCUCAGAUGUGCGGUGGCAUGCCUAGCAUGUGGACUCCCUUUUAACAGCAAAUUCCAGCAGACGGACCAAGGCAGAGAGGCAGACAACGGUCUUCUUUAGUAACUCAUAAUCACAAAGGAAGCAUGAGAUGAGAGUUUCCCUACUGAUUAGAACAUUCUAGAAGGUCUCAUUAUAGAAUUGUGUCAUGCACGUGCACAACAUUCCGUCCAUUGACCUUAAAGAGUAAGAGAUAUCUUGCACAUAAACGAACAGUCGCAGGAGGCUAUCCAGCAGUGCUUUAAAGUAAUAGUAUGUGAAGCAGUACUGUCUGCCAGGGACUAUAACUAAACAUUGUGGUUUGAAUUUGCACCCACCAGGGGACCAGUACUGUGGAGGUCGUCUGGAUAAACCCUUCGGGUCGAUUAAGACCCCUAACUGGCCCGAGAAGGACUACCCCGCUGGGGUCACCUGCUCAUGGCACAUAGUGGCUCCUAAGAACCAGGUGAGUGUUACAGCCAGAUGCCUCAGCAGUAGUUAAUUUGGGAUCCUAAUAAAUACUACGACUACUCACACUUCAACUUGACGCAUGACACCAUUGAGAGUGAUUGAGAUGGUUUGAGAUUUUCACAUCAUUGCUUUGUGGUUUGCUCUUGUUUAAUGGUUACAUAGAACAGGUUACAUAGGACACAUUACUUUCAGCCCACAUUCUAAAGGUGCCUGUGUUCUAUGUAACCUGUGUCCUAUGUAACCUGUGUCCUAUUGAACCUGUGUUCUAUGUAACCUGUGUUCUAUAUAACCUGUGUCCUAUGUAACCUGUGUUCUAUGUAACCUGUGUCCUAUGUAACCUGUGUCCUAUGUAACCUGUGUUCUAUGUAACCUGUGUCCUAUGUAACCUGUGUUCUAUGUAACCUGUGUUCUAUGUAACCCGUGUUCUAUGUAACCUGUGUUCUAUGUAACCUGUGUCCUAUGUAACCUGUGUUCUAUGUAACCUGUGUCCUAUGUAACCUGUGUUCUAUGUAACCUGUGUUCUAUGUAACCUGUGUUCUAUGUAACCUGUGUUCUAUGUAACCUGUGUUCUAUGUAACCUGUGUCCUAUGUAACCUGUGUUCUAUGUAACCUGUGUUCUAUGUAACCUGUGUUGUAUGUGACCCGUGUUCUAUGUAACCCGUGUUCUAUGUAACCUGUGUUCUAUGUAACCUGUGUCCUAUGUAACCUGUGUUCUAUGUAACCUGUGUCCUAUGUAACCUGUGUUCUAUGUAACCUGUGUUCUAUGUAACCUGUGUUCUAUGUAACCUGUGUUCUAUGUAACCUGUGUUCUAUGUAACCUGUGUCCUAUGUAACCUGUGUUCUAUGUAACCUGUGUUCUAUGUAACCUGUGUUGUAUGUGACCCGUGUUCUAUGUAACCCGUGUUCUAUGUAACCUGUGUUCCAUGUAACCUGUGUUCUAUGUAACCUGUGUUCUAUGUAACCCGUGUUCUAUGUAACCCGUGUUCUAUGUAACCCGUGUUCUAUGUAACCUGUGUUGUAUGUGACCUUUCCACUAACACAGAUCAUUGAGGUGAAGUUUGAGAAGUUUGAUGUGGAAAGAGACAACUACUGUCGAUACGACUACGUGGCCUUUUUCAACGGGGCAGAGAUCAACGACGCGAAGAGGAUCGGGAAGUACUGUGGAGAUAGCCCUCCAGCGUAUGUCACACACCUUUUUCUACUAUGCAUUUAUCUUGCUAAUGUAGCUACCGCUUAUGACAUUGACCUUGAUUAUCAAAUCAAAUCAAAUGUUAUUUAUCACAUGUGCAACAGGUGUAGACUUGACUGUGAAAUGCUUACCUACGAGCCCACUCCCAGUUAAAAAGUAAGGAAAAUUACCCAAAAAUAAAAAAGGAAAUAGUAACACAAUAAAAACAAUAAUGAGGCUGUAUACAAGGAGUACCGGUACUGAGUCAAUGUGCAGAAGUACGAGCUAGUUGAGGUAAUUCAGGUAACAUGUACAUGUAGGUAUGUAGGGGUACGAGUGACUAGGCAACAGGAUAGAUAAUAAAGAGGACAGAUAAUAAACCUACUAAUGCCUGAUUUACCCUCUCUCUCUCUCUCUCUCUCUCUCUCUCUCUCUCUCUCUCUCUCUCUCUCUCUCUCUCUCUCUCUCUCCUCUCUCUCUCUCUGUCUCUGUCUCUCUCUCUCUCUCUCUCUCUCUCUCUCUCUGUCUCUCUGUCUCUCUCUCUCUCUCUCUCUCUCUGUCUCUCUGUCUCCCUCUCUCUCUCUCUCCACCCUCUCUCUCUCUCUCUUGUCUCUCUCUCUCUCUCUGUCUCUCUGUCUCUCUGUCUCCCUCUCUCUCUCUCACUCUCUGUCUCUCUCUCUCUCCACCCUCUCUCUCUCUCUCUCUCUCUCUCUCUCUCUCUCUCUCUCUCUCUCUCUCUCCUCUCUCUCUCUCUCUCUCUCUCUCUCUCUCUCUCUCUCUCUCUCUCUCUCUCUCUCUCUCUCUCUCUCUCUCUCUCUCUCUCUCUCUCUCUCUCUCUCUCUCUCUCUCUCUCUCCAGUCCAGUAUUCUCUGAAGGUAACCAGCUCCUGAUCCAGUUCCUGUCAGACCUCAGUUUGACAGCAGAUGGGUUCAUCGGCCACUACGAGUUCAGACCUAAGAAGUUCCCCACCACCCCGGUACCACCGACCACCACCACCCCGGUACCACUGACCAGACCCAUACGUAGGUAGAUCUUUUUUUUCUCUGUUUAAUCCAAGCAGGAGAUAUAUUUCCCCUUGUCCAUCACAUCACAGUCUUGUUGUUAUAAUGUAAAAUGUUUUUAGCACUCCAUAAAUCCAAUUCAGAAUCAUCAUCAUCUUCAUCAUCAUCAACAUAAUCUUCAUCAUCAUAAUAAUUGUAAGCACCUUCAUCAUCAUGUCCAGCGCCAACUGCUUCUAGUUGUGGGUUCAGAGACAGAUUGGAUCGUCUGGUCCCAGUGAUCUUUGAUGCUGAUGCCAACAUGUGGUGUACCUGCUGGAGCUCCUUCCCACCAGGAGAGGGGCUUCCAGGCAUCUGCUUCCUGUGGGCCUGUGGUAUUAGCCUGGUCCCAGAUCAGAUAUAUACUGUGGGUAGUGGCUAUUGCCCAGGAUGAAAGGCAAUGGAGCAAAUCUGUGAUUUGUCAAUUAGGACAGAGCUAAGGGGAAGGGGACAGGUACACACCCCAAAGAGACACACUGUUCCUGCUUACUGUCAGACAAACUAGAGAGCAUGUUUUGGAUGUCCUGGAGCCCUACUGCUAAAUCAUGUUGACUGUACAGAACAAACCUCCAAAAGGCACACAUGCAUGGUUGGUUAUGGACACCCACUCUCUCUGGCAUGGCACACAUAUACCAGUAAGCAAGCACACACACACACACACACACACACACACACACACACACACACACACACACAAGGUUCUGAUGAAGGUGAUUCAUGCCGAAAUUUAGGCCUAUUGGUUGUUUCUUCCAGAUUUACCCGGCAACAGAGUGCUCCUUUUUCUUUAUUCUCCUGGAUGGUCACCAGUUGAGGUAUCCUGGGGUAAGGAAUGAUAGUCACCAGUUGAAGUAUCCUGGGGUAAGGAAUGAUAGUCACCAGUUGAGGUAUCCUGGGGUAAGGAAUGAUAGUCACCGGUUGAAGUAUCCUGGGGUAAGAAAUGAUAGUCACCAUUUGAAGUAUCCUGGGGUAAGGAAUGAUAGUCACCGGUUGAAGUAUCCUGGGGUAAGGAAUGAUAGUCACCAGUUGAAGUAUCCUGGGGUAAGGAAUGAUAGUCACCAUUUGAAGUAUCCUGGGGUAAGGAAUGAUAGUCACCAGUUGAGGUAUCCUGGGGUAAGGAAUGAUAGUCACCAGUUGAAGUAUCCUGGGGUAAGGUAGGAUAGUCACCAGUUGAAGUAUCCUGGGGUAAGGAAUGAUAGUCACCAUUUGAAAUAUCCUGGGGUAAGGAAUGAUAGUCACCGGUUGAAGUAUCCUGGGGUAAGGAAUGAUAGUCACCAUUUGAAGUAUCCUGGGGUAAGGAAUGGUAGUCACCGGUUGAAGUAUCCUGGGGUAAGGAAUGAUAGUCACCAGUUGAAGUAUCCUGGGGUAAGGAAUGAUAGUCACCAGUUGAAGUAUCCUGGGGUAAGGAAUGAUAGUCACCAGUUGAAGUAUCCUGGGGUAAGGAAUGAUAGUCACCAGUUGAAGUAUCCUGGGGUAAGGAAUGAUAGUCACCAGUUGAAUUAUCCUGGGGUAAGGAAUGAUAGUCACCAGUUGAAGUAUCCUGGGGUAAGGAAUGAUAGUCACCAGUUGAAGUAUCCUGGGGUAAGGAAUGAUAGUCACCUGUUGAAGUAUCCUGGGGUAAGGUAGGAUAGUCACCAGUUGAAGUAUCCUGGGGUAAGGAAUGAUAGUCACCGGUUGAGGUAUCCUGGGGUAAGGAAUGAUAGUCACCAGUUGAAGUAUCCUGGGGUAAGGAAUGAUAGUCACCAGUUGAAGUAUCCUGGGGUAAGGUAGGAUAGUCACCAGUUGAAGUAUCCUGGGGUAAGGAAUGAUAGUCACCAGUUGAAGUAUCCUGGGGUAAGGAAUGAUAGUCACCAGUUGAAGUAUCCUGGGGUAAGGAAUGAUAGUCACCAGUUGAAGUAUCCUGGGGUAAGGAAUGAUAGUCACCAGUUGAAGUAUCCUGGGGUAAGGUAGGAUAGUCACCAGUUGAAGUAUCCUGGGGUAAGGUAGGAUAGUCACCAGUUGAAGUAUCCUGGGGUAAGGAAUGUUUUUUAGGCACACACACAACACUUUAUUGUUUUUCCUUCACUGAGGCCAGUACUCACAAUACCAAAUCCCUAGUCAGACGGUUACCUUGGCAGCCCCCCACCAUGAUGUCAUCUGGACCCUCAGAUUGUCUUAUCUUUCAUACGUUUUGUUCUCCACCAGUAUAAAUAACAUUUGGACAGUGGUUGGACAGUAUUUUUCUAGUCUCAGCUUUUCCCUAUACCGCUCCCAUAGUGGCUUUGAUAGUAAAAACAGAUGGUAGCCAGCAGUAACAUAUACCUUGAGCAUGAACAACAGUACAUCAUUAUUUUAUUGUUUUAUUUGUAUUAUUAUUUAUAUUUUUAGCGCCUUGGGUGUGAGAAAAGUGCUUUACAAAUUAAAUGUAUUAUUAUUUUUAUUAUUAUUAUUAUGUGAACCGUUAUGUAGGAUUCAGUGGCGGUCGGUGCCGUUUAAGAUGAGGGAGGAUUAUUUAAUUUUUUAUGAACAUUGCCUUACAGCAUAUUGGAUGACUGUUAUUCAUAUUCCAUUCACCCAGCUCAAUGUAACAUUGAUAGGUUUAGGCUAUUCACCCAGCUCAAUGUAACAUUGAUAGGUUUAGGCUAUUACAUGAUACUCACAUUGUCCCUGUACCCAUCAUGAGGUUGCUACAACCUAGCCUAUGAAUGAAAGUUUACAACGUAAGUGCACAGGUCGAGAGAAUUUUGAGUAAUCAAGGUGACAGACAGUGACACAUUCAAUACUUGCCUGCAUCUAACUGAUCUAGGGUGUAAUCAUUAGUCCAACAGUUGCAAACGAGAGUUUCUAUUGGACAAAUUCAGGUAUGUUUAUCCCCGUUUCGUUCCGUUUAAGAAACGUUUUUCAACAGAAUCGGCGCAAUGAAUCUGAUCACACGCAAACACAGUUCACUUUCAUAGCAGCCACAUACAAACAGCUGGUUGUAUAUAUCAUUCCUUCUCGUAUAUACAGUAUCUACGCACUCUCCUCCUCUCACCUUUUCCCUUCGCUUGUGGACUUCAGUGCACAACACAUCAGCUGUCUGUAACCAGGCAAAAAAACCUUUCCAAGACAAACCUUCAUGUCAUGACCGCUAACCGCUACACACAGCCUACAUCGUUGUCACGUUUUGUAUUGAAGUCAAUGUACCCAGAGGACGAUGGAAGCUAGCUGUCCUCCGGCUACACCAUGGCGCUACCCUACAGAGUGCUGUUGAGGCUACUGUAUACCUUCAUUGCAAAAUAGUGUGUUUUAAUGAAUUAUUUGGUGACGUGAAUAUAUUUAGUAUAGUUUUAUCUAAAAAGGUUAACUUUUGUAAUGUUUCACUAUUUUUAUGAAAUUCACUGAGGAGGAUGGUCCUCCCCUUCCUCCUCUGAGGAGCCUCCACUGGUAGGAUUCUAAGUUACCUACAGUUUUCAAUGGGACGUGUUCAUACUAAUGAAUUAGCUCUACGAUUGAUUUCAAUGCAUUCCCUGAAAUUGACUCGAGGUUAAAUAAAAAAUCAACACAAAUCCAACUUGCUAGCAUCAGCUGAAUGUGGAAUAAUGUGAAUGAAGGGACUGUGUUCUCUUUCUCUCUGUGUGUCCCCAGCCCUGAAGUACUCUGUAGGUCUGUGCCAGCAGAAAUGCAAAAGAAGUGGAACCAUUGAGAGCAACUAUUGUACCAGUGACUUCGGUAAGAGAUGCUAUUCUCCUACAGCUAUUGCUACAUCUAUUACUAUGGCUGCCAGUACUACCAUCACGGAUACUUAGCUACAGGAACAAACAACAACAGGUCAACAGUGUGUACCUUGGGUGUGUGUGUGUGUGUGUUUGUCAGUCAGGGAAAAUCCUCCCAACAUUUACCCCAGCAUCAACCCCAGUCCAUAUGAGCCAUCCCUCACACAACAAGCCCAUGUCGUCAUUGUCCCCUCCAUCAUGACACACUAUCCUUGGCCUUCUGGGUUGUUUCAGCGCGUCACAAAAGCUUCCUUGAGGGUUUUCUGAGAGAUCAGCCCAGUAUAUUUGUGUGGGACAGACACAGUUCUCUUCUCACAGAGUAAACAGAGCCUGACUGAAGGAAAACUGUUGAUUCAGCCAACAUACUCCAUGGCCUCAGUUUGCUGCCCAGUACUUUACACUACCUCUAUGCGUUUUUUUUCUCUGAGCAGAUGUUGAUGGAAUGAGACAGGUAUUUUAUUUAUUGCUUUUUCUCAGGGAGGUUAGGUCAGAUUUGCAUGGAAAAGGGGUCUGGCUCACUGGCUGUCAGUGAAACCCAGUAAUGUGGUGCUGGUGGAAAAUGUUAUUGUAUAAUACAGUGGCAGACAGUCUGCAGUCAUAUCAAGCCAAGAGUGUUACGUCACAUGUUUUAAAGACUGGUCUAGACACAGAAGGACCUAACAGAUGACUCAACUGACCCGUCAAUUCCUUCCUGUUUACACAUUGGUUUUCAUUAUGUCGUAUUCAAUCAGUACAUUUUGAUGAAGGCCUCCAUGGCUGAAAUGCUCCAGCAUCAGAGUAUUUGUAUCGAAAGAUAUUCAGUCUUGAUCCUACGCCAUGUGUGUCUAUGCCCCGUGUAGCUCAGUUGGUAGAGCGUGGCGCUUGCAACAUUCACAUUUACAUUUAAGUCAUUUAGAAGACGCUCUUAUCCAGAGCGACUUACAAAUUGGUGCAUUCAACUUAGGAUAGCCAGUGGGACAACCACAUCUUUGAUCACAGUGAGUACACUUCUUCAAACAAGCAGCUGUGAGCAAAGUCAGUGCAAUCAGGGACAACUACAUCUCGAUCACAACGCCAGGGUUGUGGGUUUGAUUCCCACAGGGGGGCCAGAAUGAAAAUAAAAUGUAUGCACUCACUAACUGUAAAGUCGCUCUGGAUAAGAUAAAAUAAAAAAAAUAAAAAAAUAAGGCACAUACAGAGCCGACCGACGAAUUUUUCGAAGUUUCCCAUGAUGAUGAAAGUUUUCAGAUAUAAACCAAGGGAUUUGGUUGAGUGCUCUUUUUGUUCAGCACACCAAUCCCAGCUCUUAAACCCCCCUGGGUCUGUGACAGUGAUAACGGGAAAACCGUCUCACGGCGGGGUUGGGGCGAGGAGGAGCAGACGCCCCCAUCUCCAUCAUACACGUCUACAAAGAAAGCAACCGGGGAUCCCGCGGCGGGCAAGACCAAAGAGCACCCCAAAAUCAUCACCUGCAGAAGGGAAAAGAGAGGGAAGUUAAUCGCCCUAGAAGGUAGGGGUAUGUGCGGUUUUGCGGGUUUUAUAGGUUAUUUGGGGGGAAAAAAGGGCCAAGCUUGGUAAAAAGAAGGAGGGGGACUUGGGGCUUUCCCCUUGGUUAGGGGUUUGUUUGGCUUGUUAAUUUUCGAAACCCCUUUUUAUUUUUUUAUUUUUUUUUUUAAAAGGCAAGUUCUUAAGAAAAAAUUUUUUAAAGCCCAAGGCCCCCAAAACAGGGGACCUGGGCCAAUUGUGCCGCCGCCCUAUGGGAUAAUCCGGCGGUUUGUUUUAAGCAACAACCAGGGGGCUGUAGGGGACGCCCAAGCACUGAGAGCAGUUGCCCUAGACCGCUGAGAUCAGUGCCCCAGAAAGUGAGAGCAGUGCCUUAGACCGCUGAGAGAGUGCCUUUGACCCCUAAAAAAGGGGGCAGGCCUUAGACCACGAGAUGCAGUGCCUUAGACCCCCUGGGGGAGCAGUGCUUAGGGGCCGCUGAAUGCAGUGCCCCCUUUGACCCCCUGAGAUGCAGUGCCUUGGACCCUGGCCACGGGAAAAUCCAUGAAGAAUUUACCAUGAUGUGCACGAUAGCACCGGUAUUGUCCGGAUAGACAUUUACCAUGUAGCACGAUAGCACCAGGUAUUAGUCCGUGAUAGAAUUCACCAUGAUGGCACGAUAGACCGGUUUUGUCCGUGAAGCAUUACCCUGAGUGCACGAUUAGCACCAGGUAUUAGUCCAUGAUAGACAUUCACCAUGAUAUGCACGAUAGCACCAGGUAUUAGUCCGUGAUAGACAUUCACCAUGAUAUGCACGAUAGCACCAGGUAUUAGUCCGUGAUAGACAUUCACCAUGAUAUGCACGAUAGCACCAGGUAUUAGUCCGUGAUAGACAUUCACCAUGAUGUGCACGAUAGCACCAGGUAUUAGUCCAUGAUAGACAUUCACCAUGAUAUGCACGAUAGCACCAGGUAUUAGUCCGUGAUAGACAUUCACCAUGAUGUGCAUUAGUGAUGAGCAGGUCAGCUGUUUGUUCACCUGCACCCACCCGCAAUUGCUAAUAACCCAUCCACAACCGCCCGACUAUAUGUGAUAAAGUGAAAAUCUGAGACCCACGCCCGACCCUAACCCGCUAAUAUAAAAAAUGCGCUGAAGGCUACAGUCAGAGAUGGCAGAUUUUUUGGGGGGACAGUGUGUGUAGGAUUUUUGUUGCCUCAUUUAGAUGUUUCUGCUUAUAAUUUCCAAAAUUUGGGAAGGCUAUUUAUGUCACGAUCGUCUUGAGAAGUGGACCAAUGCGCAGCGUGGAAUGUGAACAUACUUUAUUUUAGAUUCACCACACGAACAAAACAACAAACGAUACGAAACGUGAAGUCCUUGGUCACAAUACAAACCAUACGGAACAAGAUCCCACAACACACUGUGGAAAACAGGCUGCCUAAGUAUGGUUCCCAAUCAGAGACAACAAGCAACAGCUGAUACACGUUGCCUCUGAUGAGAACCACACCGGCCAACAUAGAAACAAAUGAACUAGAAAAUCACCCUAGCACACAAAACACAUAGAAACAACACACCCUGGCUCAACAUAACAGAGUCCCAGAGCCAGGGCUGACAAUUUAUUAGUCAACUUGUUUAUAUGUAGAUACAUUGCACCUCUUUUCUGUCAUUAUAUGUUGCCCCAGAAGACUAAAUAAACCAGAAUAACGUCACAAAUCGAUAGAAUGAGUGCUUCAAUCUAGUUGACAUCGGUAAAGUUUUUCUGUCUCUGCUUCUUUCACGGAGCAAAGACGUUUGGGGACCGGGGAGAAAAUGCUAUAACUCAACAACAACAAAAAUGGGAAAGAUUUUCUGUGCAAAAUGUUCAAAUGACUCAAGUUUGACCGGUUGUAAGGAAAUAGAAAGCUGUGAAAACGACCCAACGUGUUUCUGAUAAGAUUUCAGUUCGGCUUGGAUGCAUAUUUUAUGUGACUGAAAUACUAUCAGCUUUUAUGAUGCUGAUAAAGAUAGCACCUCUACAGAUGGUAUCUAACUGCACAUUCACAUUAUAUCAAGAUGCUGAAAGAAACAAAUCAUAUUUCUCCACUCCUGUUCCCGGGUCAAAAUGUUGCCUACAUUUGGUGGAUAAUUUUACUGCAAGAAAUGCUUAACUAGUUAACAUUAAGGCUAUGUGAGAGGUUAUAGACAUUUUGCUACGGCUGGCCAUGCUUUCCACCUGGCUACCCCUACCCCGGACACCAGCUCUGCACCCUCCGCUGCAACUUGCCCAUGCCCCCCCCGCUUCUCCUUCACCCAAAUUCAGAUAGCUGAUGUUCUGAAAGAGCUGCAAAAUCUGGACCCCUACAAAUCAGCUGGUCUAGACAAUCUGGACCCUUUCUUUCUAAAAUUAGCAGCCGAAAUUGUAGCAACCCCUAUUACCAGCCUGUUCUCUUUUGUAUCACCUGAGAUCCCCAGAGAUUGGAAAGCUGCCGCGGUCAUCCCCCUCUUCAAAGGGGGUGACACUCUAGAUCCAAACUGUUACAGACCUAUAUCCAUCCUGCCCUGCCUUUCGAAAGUAUUUUAAAGCUAAGUUAACAAACAGAUCACCGACCAUUUCGAAUCCCACCGUACCUUCUCCGCUAUGCAAUCUGGUAUCCGAGCUGGUCAUGGGUGCACCUCAGCCACGCUCAAGGUCCUAAACGAUAUUAUAACCGCAAUCGAUAAAAGACAGUACUGUGCAGCCGUCUUCAUCGACCUGGCCAAGGCUUUCGACUCUGUCAAUCACCGCAUUCUUAUUGGCAGAAUAAAUAGCCUUGGUUUCUCAAACGACUGCCUCGCCUGGUUCACCAACUACUUCUCAGAUAGAGUUCAAUGUGUCAAAUCGGAGGGCCUGUUGUCUGGACCUCUGGCAGUCUCUAUGGGGGUACCACAGGGUUCAAUUCUCGGGCCGACUCUAUUCUCUGUGUAUAUCAAUGAUGUCGCUCUUCAAUCGAACGCUGCUUGCACCCGCCCUCCCGACUAGAAUCACUACUCUCAGGAGGUCUGACUUAGAAUUUGUGGACAACUACAAAUACCUAGGUGUCUGGUUAGACCGUAAACUCUCCUUCCAGACUCACAUUAAGCAUCUCCAAUCCAAAGUUAAAUCUAGAAUCGGCUUCCUAUUUCGCAACAAAGCCUCCUUCACUCAUGCUGCCAAACAUGCCCUCGUAAAACUGACUAUCCUACCGAUCCUUGACUUCGGCGAUGUCAUUUACAAAAUAGCCUCCAACACUCUACACAGCAAAUUGGAUGUAGUCUAUAACAGUGCCAUCCGUUUAGUCAUCAAAGCCCCAUAUACUACCCACCAUUCUGACCUGUACGCUCUUGUUGGCUGGCCCUCACUACAUAUUCGUCGCCAUUCCUUCCAGUUCUCUGCUGCUAAUGACUGGAACGAACUGCAAAAAUCUCUGAAGCUGGAGACUCUUAUCUCCCUCACUAACUUUAAGCAUCAGUUGUCAGAGCAGCUUACCGAUCACUGCACCUGUACACAGCCAUUCUGAAAUUAGCCCACCCAACUACCUCAUCCCCAUAUUGUUAUUUAUUUUGAAAUAGAUCUACCGUCAGUGUCCAGAUUUCAGUUUCCAUUCAACCCAUCUAAACGGUAGGCUACAGUUCCCUUGACGUGCCAUAGGCCUAUUUGAAGUCCCCGGGCUUGUGACUGUCGAAUUUGUAUAGCGCCUCACAAAUCACCACACAUAACAUAGCCUGCACUGCUGUCAUCCUCUUUCUUUAUGUUCAACUCUCCAUUUCGCAGCCUUUCUCUUAUUGAAUUCAACUCAGACAUUUUCCUUUUUGCCUCCGUGGAUCGGUUCACUUUUUCUGCCUGUUCUCAAAAGCAUUUGGUGAUUGUAGUCUAUUUGGCACGUGUCCAGUUAGGUCCUAAAGCUCAGGCUUACACGCUAAUGCCAGAUAGGCUAAAAUAAUGAUAGAGAAACCUCAAUGUAGCCUAGAGAUAUAAAUUGCACAAGGAUGUUUACAUUUAUGGAUUUUUUAAAGCUAUUUUCUUUUAUUUUCAAAUCAAAUCAAAUCAAAUCAAAUUUGAUUGGCCACAUGCGCCGAAUACAACAGGUGCAGACAUUACAGUGAAAUGCUUACUUACAGCCCUUAACCAACAGUGCAUUUAUUUUUAACAAAAAAAGUAAAAAUAAAACAACAACAAAAAAAGUGUUGAGAAAAAAAGAGCAGAAGUAAAAUAAAAUAACAGUAGGGAGGCUAUAUAUACAGGGGGGGGGGGGGGGUACCGGUGCAGAGUUCAUUCUCAUGAUAGCACCAGGCAUUAGUCCACGAUUGCACCAUCGAAACCAAUUCUAUAACUGAGUAAUACUGACACAGUUUCACGCGACAGAAGUGUGGCACUGAGUGUAGUCCUCUGUAGCUCAGCUGGUAGAGCACGGCGCUUGUAACGCGAAGGUAGUGGGUUCGAUCCCCGGGACCACCCAUACACAAAAAAUGUAUGCACGCAUGACUGUAAGUCGCUUUGGAUAAAAGCGUCUGCUAAAUGGCAUAUUAUUAUUAAAAGACAGCAAUAAUUAUAUUAUUAUUAUUAUUAUUAUUAUAAAAAUGCAUGUGACAGAGGCGUGUCCCCAAUAUACAAGAUACUUAAGAAAGCUAGAACCAAGUUGCAGGUGUUUCCACAGACUAUCUUAUAUAAGGCUCUGAGUUGGCCUCCAUCGCUGUUUUCCACCUUCAAGCUCAUCUGAAGGAGCUCGACCAAGGUCUGAGGUAAGCGGCAAAAACUCACUGUCGAAAAGAUCUAUACCUUCCCUCAGCCACUGAUCCACACCGUGAAUAUAUGCAAACAAACUCGGUACAGUAUGUGUUUAUAUCUGUGCGUAUAAACACACUGUAUACGGAACCCAAGAGGAGCGUAGACGCUGAUGUGCUACCUUCCUCAAUGUCUCUGCCGUUCCGCCACUGCAUUCAGGCUCUUUCCGUGUGAUCUCACUAGGCCUCCACUACAUCUUCAUGGGCUCAGUGGACGACGAUGGGAAGGGGAAGAUCGCCCCGCAUCACUUCGUCAUGGCCUUCAAGGCCAAGAACCAGAGGGGCCUCAACGUACUGAAGACCAAACGCUGC